AUGUCUUCGUGCGAAGACCUUUUUCAAAGUUUCUCUCGUAAACUUGAUAUUUCCAAUAUAUCUAGUGACCUUUUCUCUGACUCAUCUACCAAAUCACUUGGAGUAAAAGAGAAACGGAAGGACAGACAAGACCGUGUGACUCAUAAAGUCGGUGAACUUAUUCCAGACUUUUCUUCGUAUGAAAAACAUGAAUUAGUUGUGGAAUCGGAUCUUAGUAACCAUACACCUAGUUUUCACUAUCAACUAGCGAAUUGUAAAAAAGAACGUAAUACCCCACCUGAGUAUCUUCCGAAUUUGGUUGUAAAAACCAAACCUUAUGAUAUUUGCAUUAGUUCAUCUACUGCAUUCUGUAGUACUCCUGGACCUUCAAACUCCCUUUCCACCUUGAAGUCGCAUAAAAAUGCUCAUGAUUUACCAGCACCUAAAAUUGUAUCAGGUGAUGCUUUAGUGAAUACUCUUCAGGUUACACCUAUUCAUCCAGUAUUCACAAAUCGAAAAUCUAAUGUGAAUUUUAAAAUGGGAAAUAGUUCACCACAAGUAAAUUGUCAACAAACUUUAACACCAUCCUAUCACUCUAUUUCUACAUAUAAUAAGAAUGAAUUAGUUACUCAUGGCCUAGAUCAAAUGCCUUUAAAUUCUUCACAUGAAUUACAAUGUUGUAAUUUGUCUACUGCAUCUACAAACCAACAGAUUGAACAUGAUCAAAUUUCAUUUCAUUCAUUUUCUACAGUGAAUAAAGUGAAAGCUGGUAAGAAAUCUGGAUCAUACACAAAACGACUUACAAGACGUUUUCGUUGCGAAAAUAUGAUAUUGAAUCGUUCAUAUAUGACGUUAUAUGAAGCUGGAGAUAUUAAAGGGACAUUGUUUAAAAUUUGUGAACAAUCCGAUUACAAAACAUUUGGACAAUUGUUUAUCCCAACUCGUAGGAAAAAUCUAAGUAAAAUCGGUGAAGGAUGCUUUGGUGAAGUGUUUCGUUGUCCAGAUGAAUCUAAUCCAACUGAAUAUGUAGUCAUUAAAUUAAUUCCAAUUGAAGGUAAUAUUAAAUUCAAUGGAGAAUCACAAAAAUCUUUCAGUGAAGUACUUUCAGAGGUUAUUGUUUCUAAAGAACUAACUGCUCUUGGUAUGGGUCUUAAAAAUAAUACAUGUGGAUUUGUAGAAUUGAAAAAAGUUCAUCUUAUCCAAGGUUCAUUUCCUGCAUAUUUGAAAAAAGCAUGGGAUAAAUAUGAUAAAGACAAAAAAUCAGAAAACGAUAAUCCAAGUAUCUUUCCUAAAACUCAAUUAUGGGUUGCUUUAGAAUCAGCAUUUUGUGGAGUUACUCUAGAAAAUAAUGUUCCAAUUUGCCCAUGUGCACGUUUAUCUAUUCUAUUACAAAUUGGUGUAUCGUUAGCUGUCGCUGAACUAGAAUUGAAAUUUGAACAUAGAGAUUUACAUUGGGGUAAUGUUUUAAUCAGUCAUUCGUCAUCGUCUUCAUCAUCAAUAUCAAGUAAUGAUAAUCUCUGUCCAUAUUGUUGUACAUUAUACAAUGAAGAGAAUGAAAACUCAUAUGUGAAAUUUUGUUUAGAAGGAUAUGAAUGGAAUAUUCCAAAAUUUGGUUACAUUGUUCAUUUGAUAGAUUUUACAAUGUCUCGUUUAGAACAAGAUGAAGGUUUAGUCUACGUUGAUUUAAGCACUGAUCCAACUUUAUUUCAAUCACAAGGUGAUUAUCAAUUUGAUAUAUAUCGUCAUAUGAAAUCUGCAAAUCAUAAUGAUUGGAAAAAAUUUACACCUAUAACUAAUGUAAUGUGGUUUCAUUAUUUAACAACAAAAUUAUGCACAAAUUCAGACCACUCAUCAUCAUCAUCGUCGGCGUCGUCGUCAUCGCAAUUGCAUAAUGUAUGUUGGGAACAAUUACAUAAUUUAGAAUUUAUGACACGUUCAUUUAAUAAUUAUAAAUCUGCUUAUCAUUUAGUUACAAAUUGUAAUAUAUUUAAAAAUUUCUCUAAUUUUUUAAAGAUUUCUUAAUAUACUACUAUUAUAUUCUUCAGUUGUUCAAUUCUGAUACUCAUAUAUAUAUACACUGACAAGUAUAUGGUUGUGGAUAUUGUUGAAUUUUUUUCGAUUGAAAUCAUAAAUUGAUAGAUGUUAGGCCACUGUUGAAAACUUGGAAGCACUGGAUGGUCGUUUCGUCCUAGUAUAGAACUCCUUAGCAGUCCGCAUACGAGAUGCGAACCCAAGACAUUCAGUCUCGCUCCCGAAUGCUUAGCCUCUGGACCACUUAGCUGCUAGAAUACAACGGUGUUAAUGUCUAACUUUAACCAAUUCACCAUAUUGUCUAACCACUUUACAUUGUCUUCCGUGGCUACUUCAGCCUCACACCCUACACGGAUUACUUUCAAUAGCCACAGCUUCUCACUACAACUCCGAGAUCCACCUCUCCAAGCUAGUCACUAGUCGUCAGCUAGCAUAACAUAAUAAUUAUCAGUAUAGGGUUGUGGAGAUUGUUGACUAAUUUCAUCAUUCAGAUUAUCAAUCGAUCAAUAUGAUGCCUGGUUGUGAUAGAUUACAUGCUAGCUGUGUCGAAGUACACUGUGCACAAACCUGAGUAGUGUGAUGAAAAUGGGGGUGUUCGCGAGCGCUUAACCUCGAAAGCAUUAAGCCGGCAUCCAACGAUGUUAGUGUCUAACUUUAACCAAUCGACGACAAACGGCCAUACAGUGCUUCCAGGUUGUCUAACAAAACAAUAUACUUGCUUUGGGAAAACCAAUAGUGAAUAGGAAGCCUUUAUUAGUUAAUGAAAUAGGAAAUAUUAUAAACAUAACUUAUCUAUAAAUAUAGAUAAAUGUCCCUCAGAGAACUGAGCUAAACAUUCAACCAAUAGCGUGUAUCUUUCCUUAGAAAGCUAAACCUAAUAUCGCCCGAUAAAGUAUAUCCAUCAGUAUUUCUAACCCAAUAUUUCGUUCUGAACUGGCAUGUCUGAUUAACCCAGUACAUUAUCUUUGCUUUCUGAUUAAUUAGCUUGGUUUGUUUUUCGAUUGAGUAAUAGGAAGGAAGGAGGUAAUGGCGAAUCAUCUUCAUUUCUUGGAACAUAAAGAAGUGUAUUAAAUCAGAUGUUUGAUAUCAUUUUUUAUUAUCGCUCCUCAACUUCUAAU